CUGUGCAACGUCUGGGACGUGAAGAUUUCAGUUUCUUCCAAGUUGACUCUUGUGGCUUCGUCAUGGCUUCUCAGAAGAUCUGGAUCCUUGGUAUCCUGCUGUCCUUCAUUGGUUGGCUGGGCACAAUCAUCACCUGUGCUCUGCCCAUGUGGAUUGUCUUCAUUGGUGACAUGGACACAGUGUAUUGGAAUGGUCUAUGGAAGGCCUGUGAGCUCCGGACAAGCACGCAGGAAAAGAGGUGCAUUUACUACCAGCUUGAGCACUAUUUUCUGGCUCAGGAGAUGCUAGUUGGCAGAGUCAUGGUGAUACUCUCCUUGAUCGUUGGGGUGUUUGGAAUACCCCUGGGCGUCGUUGGAGGGAAGCUCACCAACUGCAUUGAAAAUGAGGCGUCCAAAGCCAAAGCCUGCAUCGUCUCUGGAGUGAUCUUCAUAAUAGCAGCCUUACUGAUCCUGAUACCGGUGUCCUGGUCAGCUCACGUUAUCAUCAGUGGCUCGUACGAAAAAUACUUGAUCGGGUUAACGAGAUUGGAGCUCGGCGCUGCGCUCUACAUCGGCUGGGCCUCUGCAGUCCUGUUGUUUGUGGGAGGGGGUCUGCUAUGCAGCAACUUCCUUCUAUCGCUCAACAGACCCUUCACACCUGCUAAUAUCGGCCUUGCAAGAGCCGUGUAAUCAAAUGUGUUCUAUAUGUAAGUCUAAUGGCUGCAGAGAUUUUUAUUAAUUUGAAGAAGAUUUCACGACUAAACAAGCACUUCAUUUUAAGUUU